AUGAAGAAACUAGUAGAAACGCAGAUUAAGGAAGCUAAAGAACACUGGAUGGUAGAAAAUUGUAGAGAAAUAGAAGAACUUAAUUUGAAAUACGACACAUAUGGGCUACAUAAGAAACUGAAAGAAACUACAGGAAAUAAUCGGAAGAGAAUACCACAAGUUAUACGAUAAGGGGGAUCUCCAAUUAUCAGCAGUAGAAAAACAACAAACUUGGGAGAAAUAAAAGAAAAACCUAUACGUCAGAGCUUAAAACAAGAAAUAAAUGAUAACUUAAAGAAAAUCAAACAAGA